GAAAGAUUGUAAAAACAAAAUUAAAUCUAUCAACUUGUAUAUUGUACAAUUUAAAUCAUAUUAAAUGCUAAACUGUUAGAAUUAAUACCAGUAAUAGACAUAAAAUACUUUCAUAUAAAAUUGUCUAAAACGUAGAACAUAUUAUUUAUAUAUAAAAUUUUAGCAAAACUAAUGUACUAAUACAGCAUCACAGUAUUUAGCAAGUAUUUAGAACGAAUUUUUUAAGUAUUUCUAUUUAAAGUUCUUUUAAGUUACUUGAAAUAUUUUAAAGUAUUAUGAAAUAUAUACUAACAAUUAUACGCAUAAAUAUAAUUUUUUUAAACUAAUUAAGAUAUCUCUCUUAAGACUUAAAAAUCAUUUACUUAACAUUUUAACUAAUUUAAAGAUAUAAAUUAUAUUUUAAAUUAUGCUAUAAUACUUUAAUAAAGUUAUAAAAAUAUAAUUCUAUUAAAAAUAUAGCAAAAAUAUUUUAUAAUUUCUUUAUGGUCUUGAAUAACUGUUGCUUCUGAUGUCGAAACAGAGCCACGAACGAAAAUAUGUUUAUAUUUAUAAGGUAGUCGAAUAUGAGGGUUUAUAUAUGUUAAGAACCGCUAACCUUUCCAUCAUUUGAUCGUUGUCAGUCAAUACGUACAUGUUCUUAAAUAAAAACGUGAUCUAUACAACAUAUAAGUUUUCACAUAAACAAAAAUCAAUUUUUAAAUUUAUUUUGUAAGUAUAUAAAAUAAGUACUGUAUUUACAUGCAAUUCCAAGUUUCGUCUGUAAAAAAAAUUUUAUAAUAGAUUUAGAUACAUAGCGUUCUCUUCAAUAUAUUUAACCGUUAUAUUUGUAUUUAUAUUUUAUAAAAUUGCUUUUCUCUCAUUGUUUUUUUAUUCAAACAUUAAGUACCGUACGUUUUAAAUGUUAAAACGAUUGAAAAUUUUUUCUCAAUAAAACUUUAAAUAAAUCCUGUGUUUUCUAAAAAUCUUACAUACAUCAGUAUUAAAUAUUUCAGUAGUUAUUAAAUAUUUCAACAAUAAAUUUUUUGACAAAUUAAAACGUUCAUCAUAUUUUUGAAUUUCUAUAUACAUAUAAUCAUGAAUAAGAUCGUAAGAAUCCAACAAUUUUUCUCUUGAAAUAUUGUUGUUUUUAGAGAAGAGCAUAAAGUUUUUUAUUUCUAUAUAAUAUAAUAUAAUACAAUUUUUAUUUUUUUUUCUACAGAAAAGGAGGAUAAUAUAAUACCUAGGAGCAUGCCAGAAAAACAUAAAUAUAUUUUGUAAUAAAAUAAAGUUCAAGAAAAACAAAAAAGUACACAAAGAAAUAUUCAAAACAGCUUGCAGAAAUUAAAUAGAUACAAUUGUUACUGAGAGAUGUAACAAUCAUUAUUUUAUAAGAAUCGCAAAUUUUAUUCAAUAGAGAUGACAUCCCAAUCUUCGAUGAGUUCCCCGUCGUCAAAAAAGAGAAAGUUGUUAGAAGACAUAGGUGACAAUGUUUUUGGUGCAUCUGAAAAAUCAUUACUUCUGAAGUACCUAGAAAAUAUUUCAGAAUAUUUAUGUUGCACUUGCGUGAAGUGCUUACAAGAAGAAGCGCUGCAUCUAGGUUACCAAUUAGCCCGUGAUUUAAGUAAAAUUUAUUCUACAAAGUGGGAUGAAAACAGAACGUUAUAUCCAAGCACAGAAUACUUUAAAACAAAUUUUAUGAGAGAUCAGCUUUUAAUGUCAUCAUUCGUGUGCAAGGAGUGUAGAUUAAAUAUUGAAUACAGGACAAUAGAUCACGUUUUAACAACAAACGACAAACAAUCGUUACUUGUAUAUAUAGAAAAUAACGAAAAAUUAUAUUGCCGUUGUGUAAAUUGCGUAAAAGAAAAAAUGUCAUUUCUAGCUUACCAAUUGGCCCGUGAGUUACACAGAAAUUACAAUAUAACUUGGGAUACACACAUGAAGGCGGAUACAGCCUGGAUAGAUAAUUUUGCUGUACAAUUCAGAAUUGGACUUUACCUUAAAUCUCCAAAGGAAUGCAAAGCAUUUAUUGAAACGUCAACUUCCGAACGAGAGCCGGAAAUAUUGACAUUCGCGCAGGAAAAAGAUGUACUGAAAGAAGUACAAAUACAGGGCACUCGAAAAAAUUGUAAAUGCCAAACGUGCUCAAUGAAAGAAGUGGAGUUUAAAGUUUAUCAGACGGCCAAAAGUUCCGGUAAAUCAUAUCCACUUUUGUGGGACAAAAAGAAAAAAGCAGAUCGUACCUGGAUGCAAGAUUUCAAAGAAAGACACGCCAUUCAAAUUUCAGAAAUAUUCUUAAGUAAUUUUAAUUGCAAAUAUAAAAUUCCUCGGACACCAACUUGUUUAACAUUGCAAGACGAACGAUGGUUACUGUUGCAAAUAGAUUCAAGUUCAAAAACUAGAUUUGACUGCAAAUGUCGUUCGUGCGUAAUGAAAGAAGUGACAUAUCUGACUUACGAAUUUGUCCGUGAAUACAGCAAACCGUAUCCAGGAAUAAAGUGGGACAUAUAUCAACGGGCGGAUUCUGAGUGGUUAGAAAGAUUCAAAAUUAGGCAGAAUUGUGUAAUUUCAAAUUGUGACUUUGCAGAACAAUGUCAGGGAAAAGAAAUUUUAGUUCAGUCAGUGACAAUAAGCAAACCGUUCGUAUCUGUAGAUAUACCUGUAACAGUUUUUACAUUGGAAGAAGAGAAAUGAUAUUCCCGUGAUUUUAUGAGAUUACAUCCUUUCUUGACUACGUGGGAUCACGAACUUCGAAUGACGGGUUCGAAAUGGAUAGAAGAAUUCGUAAAAAGGCAUUACGAUAUAAUGUCACAAUUUCCACAUAUUUGUACCAAAACAUUGUGAGUCAUUUUGAAGCUAUAGAAAGGAAACUUAUAGAUUUAUUGUAAUAUAAGAUUUUAUUUUUAUUAGAAAUAUUAUAAAUUUUUAUAUUA